AUGGUAGAGGGACGCUCACCGAUCGUUCUUACGGAACUCACUCGUUCCGUUGUGCCUUACGGGCUCUCGCUCUCGGCGUUCGUCGUCUAUCCGCACGAGGUGGCUGCUCCAGCGCAGUUUCAGCUAGCUCAGCAUGACGUAGCUACUGAGGAUUCCCGUCGGCUCCAGUACAUGCGUGUCGGGGAUUCAAUCCUGCCACCCCAACCUCAGGAUACGAAGAAGACAAUUGAGGUGGAAGUGGUUCAGUCGGCGUGCCUGUUUUGUGUACACUGUCCAAGUCUCCGCUCCGUACAGCAGCAUCGGCAGGAUGACGGCCUUGUACAUCUUCAUUUUCGUGCUGAGCUGUAUACCAUGAGGAUUCCAAAGUGUGCUCUGAAGGCGGCCGAAGGCUCGACGGGCCUUCGGAAUCCGGCGGGCUAA